AUGCCGCAUCUUCAUACUCUCUUUUCUAAAGCGCUUGAUCCUGAUCGCCUACACACCAUUAUGCUCACAAGUACAACCGGUGCUAUCGUCGUCUCUGCAUGUUCAAUUGCAUCCCAGGAACGUAAAAAGGCCACUAUUGUGCUAGCUGCGUUGGCUGCUGAGACGUGGACGAAUGUUCAGCAGGAUUUGGACAAAUCUCAGAGUGGAAGAGGUCCCGAAGGGGAUUCUAGCGCCGAAACUAGUGAAAUACAAGGUGGAUGGGCAACGACAGAGGUGUCCAAAAUUCAAACCCAAGAGGCACACCACGACGUCGACCAGGAUGCAAUGUUCCUGGUAGCGGUUAGCGGACCUGAAGAGGCGGGGUGGGAGCUCCUGGAGGAACGUGCAAAGCUUUUAGCCGAGCAUCUUGCUCCCAUAUUUGCCGAGUAUACAGACUCUAUGGCAGAAACUCCUCCUCUGACGUCUUCUAGACUACCCAAUGUCCCGAGACAAGGUAGAUCUGACUCGGGUAAAGCUCGUAUAUUGAUAUCACAACCCAGUCCUCCUCAGUGCUCCCCUUUAUGUUCAUAG